GAAGAAACUGAAACUUGGCUUGCCGGGGGCGGAGUGGUCACUGGGGACUUAAAAAGCCACCACUUCCUUGGGUUCCCAGAGGGCACUGGGAGGUCACAGCAGCCGAGGGACACCCUGAACCAGAUGUGAGCCUUUGUCCCACCGCCCAAGCCAUGCACAUCUGUGGGGGUGAAGGGCUGCUGGCGGGGACGGACCCCGAGGGGCCUCAGAGGCAGCUGAAGAAGAAACAGAAGAACCGGGCGUCUGCCCAGCGCAGCCGGAGGAAGCACACGGACAAGGCAGAUGCCCUGCACCAGCAGCACGAGGCGCUGGAGAAACACAACCAUGCUCUGAGGAAGGAGAUCCAGGGCCUGCGGGCGGAGCUGGCCUGGUGGGGCCGGACCCUGCACGUGCACGAGCGCUUGUGCCUGAUGGGCUGUGCCUCCUGCUGGGAGCAACCAGGCCUGUUCCAGACCCCCGUCUCCCCUCCCUCGGCUCAGCCUCUCUCUCCACAUCCGCAGCCUCGUGGCUCCCCUGGCCUCCUCCUGCCUCCUCUGCCCUGGCUGCCCCUCGGCCCUACGAUUACUGCACCUUCUGCCCAGCUGUCCCCGAGCCCGACCCCAUCUGCCUCGCCCCCUGGCUCCAGCCUGGCCUGCCUGCAGGACAUGGAGCACAAGCCUGCUUUCUCGGCAGCAGACCUGCCCGGGCUGAGCGCGGACCUCGGCCCCCACCCGCUCCAGGCCUUCCCGCUGCUCUCCUCUGCGCAAGUCCACUUCUAACCCGGCCCCUGGAGCUGGGCCGGCCCUCCUCAGG